AUGACUGAAUUUGUGGAACAGCUUGCUUAUGGUAGGAACCGUUAUAGGGACGUUGGAUGUUUUGACGACAAUCGGGUAAUCUUGACCCUGGGGCACACCACAUACAUCCACGCCAACUAUGUCUCCACUCCCAGCCAUCCGAGAAAGUUUGUAUGCACGCAGUUCCUUCUCCCCAGUCAUUUGAGCCUUCACACAUGUGCGGAAUUUUGGUGCAUGGUAGUGCAGGAAGAGGCCGAUGUGAUUCUGAUGUUAUGCAAUUUCACAGAAAUGGGUCGCGAAAAGUGUGCAGAAUACUAUCCAACGGAUAGUAAUGAGCCAUUAACGUUCGAAGGCAAUAUCACCGUUUCCUUCAAGAACAGGGAGCAGUUUAACUUCCCAUUCGAGACCAACGUGGUCGUAGAAGUCACCAGUUUGGAGGUCUCUGUCCCAGGAUGUCCACAUCAUUCGUGUGCUCAUUAUCACUGGGUUGAUUGGCCUGAUCGAGGAGUUCCACAAGCGGAUCUGGCUCCGCUUUAUCUCCUUCAUGAGCUUGUCAACACAAGGCUAGUCAAAAAGAUCAUCAGCAAGUCGAUAUCAGCCAGUUCAUUGAUUCCAGGGCACCCAUCAUUGUACACUGCUCAGCAGGUAUUGGCAGAACUGGAUCAAUUGUCUUGCUCCAAUAUGCCAUGGAAAAUGACAGCAGUAAUCUUCGUAUGUCCAUCAAGUGCUUUUGAAAAUUUUCUCCACAAAACUGGAUGUCUGCCACAAAGCCUCGAUCUAGCACUUGAAACUUUCAAGAAGAAUUAUCAUAAGAUCACUAAAGGAUUUUAA